AUGGAGCAAUGCACGAUGGACCGUGAGAAUAGUGAGUAUUUUUGUCCUCUACAUAUUUCUAUAACUAUCCACUUAAUUAUAAAAAAUAUCCAUCCCGUAUUAAUACUGAUUUCAUUUAAUUGUAGUGGAGCUUGUUGGUGUUACCCACGUUUUGGAUGCCAUCACGUUUUGGGCACAGGUAGUUAAGCUACACGUGGCACAUCUCACUGUUGAAGUAAUUAGAACUUUGGUUGAAAAUUUCACCUGUUGAUUGAUUGAUUUGAUUUACACGAACACCCAAGAAAUGUAUAUACAGUAUACCCACAUAGCUCUUUGUUUUGUGUUGUAGAAUGUCAAUGAAUAUCAAGCCAUUGAAAAAAUGAACAAUGCCUUGGCAGACAAAUGCCCAACAGCCCAAAGGUUACUUGGAAGUCCCAAUCCUCAGAAGGUAAAGGAAGGUAGACGCUAAACAUGGAGAGAUGGAGAAGAGUGAGACUAUUAGCAUUGGAUUUAUACAUUGCAUCCAUCUUGUGAUUCCAUCUAGAUUUAUGGGACAGUCUUCUCUGAGGAUAGCUGUUGGUACAGGUGCAAGGUCCUGCAGCAGACUGAGGAUGUGAGUCAAUGAGUGUCUGGAUGCUUCCCACAUGGCACCUUAUUCCCUAUAUAGUACACUACUUUUGACCAGAGCCCUAUGGGUCAUUUGGGACGUGCUGAUCCUCUCGCUGUCUGGAAAAGCCUACAGUACAUGAUGUGAGGGGGCUUAUCAGAAUACCUUCAUUCUGACACAUCAAACAUGAUCUGUCUGUAUCCACCUGAGGCUGUGCUGAUGAGAUCCUGGUUUGGAAGUUAAGUGGUUGGACAGGUAGUAGAUUUAGACUGAUUUGGAAUUGCAGCUGGCAUGUAACCCCCCAGGCCUUAGCACUGCAGGCUGUUGUGCUGACUGAUGUCAGGAGACUGUUGUGCUGACCGAUGUGAGAAGACUGUGGUGCGGACUGACGUGAGGAGGCUGUGGUGCUGACUGACGUGAGGAGACAGUUGUGCUGACUGACGUGAGGAGGCUGUGGUGCUGACUGACUUGAGGAGGCUGUGGUGCUGACUGGUGUGAUUGUGUAUGCAACUUUAAAAGAAACAUGUUUCCGAAUGGUACCCUAUUCCCUAUAGGGCACUACUUUUGACCAAAUCCCUAUGGGCCCUGGUCCAAGGUAGUAGACUAUAUAUGGAAUAGGAUGUCAUUUGGGACGCCACCUAUGACAUUCCGAUCUCCGUCUUGUGUCCAGUUUCACGUGUCCUACAUUGACUAUGGGAACACAGAGUUUGUCAGUCGGUCAGCUCUGGUGGAGCUGCCAGAGGAUCUACAGGCACCUUGUCUGGCCAAGAAGUACAAGUUCUGGGGCUUCUAUGUGUCCAGUGACCAAGACUCAGCACAUUUCCAGCAGGUAAGACUUGGCCUACUCUGUUCCUCUCCAUGCACUGUCAUUAAUGUCUAUGUGGAAAUAUGCCAGGUCCCCCUCGCAAAGUAGGUUUCUUAUCUCAAGGGUUAGUGUUCAGUAUUUGGUGUCACGUAUGUGUGAAUGGGCUGACACAUUCUGAUGUAUUUUGAAUACAGUCCUUCUGCUCACAAAAUGUGUAUUGUCGUGUUGUGCUCUUUAGGGAAAGGCCUUCCUUCAGAAUCUGAUCUAUGGGAAGAAGGUGCGCAUCCAGAAGAAGUCUGUCUGCUUCGACGGGACCAUCCUGGUCCAGGCUUUUCAGGGGAACCUGGACAUCGGCGAAGAGGUCCUCAACCCUCCUAGAUGUCUGUUUUUAUGUCCUGUAAGGAGUUUUUAUGACAUAAGGCACAUUUUGAAAACGGACAAUAAAAUGCUCUUUUAGGUUUUGAAGAUGAAGUUUGCCAAGUUCACCCUCCCGGAGAGUAACCGUGAGAGCCCCAUGUCUGUGCGGGCCCUGCAGGAGUCCCCUUGCCUGUGGCCUCAGCGGGUGUUGGACUGGGCUGGCCCCCAGGGGGACGGGGACAUGCCUGGCUCUCCAGUCUGCAUGCCCAGACUACGGCCUGCUUUCCCCGACCAGAGGCCCCUGUCAAUGAAGUAAGACACCUGUCUGUCUGUUCCUCCUGGGAUAAUGAUGUAAGACACCGGUCUGUCUAGGACUGUGUUUUCGAGCUGUUCCUCUGGGAUCCCCAGGACUGGAAAUGUUUUGUUCCAUCCCAGCACUAGCACUGCUGAUUCAACUAAUGAAGGCCAAGGGCUUCGUGAGUAGUUGAAUCAGGUGUGCUAGCAGGGGCCCGUGCUUCCAGACUUUUCACUUUAAAUGAGUAAUCCUGUGGUGUGAAUGGUAUUGGUGGCGGGAAGUAGCUUUGGGGGUUUAACAUGAUAAGCUGCUGGAGUGGGGAUUGACUCUUCUGUUUAGGCUGUUGAUAGUUUAAACUGAGAAUGUAGCCAAUACAAUAUAAUCAACAUGGUGUGUGUGAGGAGAAACAUGAAUACAGUUACAUAGCCACCUUGUUACUUUUGCAGCAAGUUUAUAUAAAUACUAUUUAUAGAUGUAGGGGUUGCAACAAGUUAUUGGGGUUGUUUGUAUUAGUGAUCACUAACUGGGGUUUUCAUCCUCUGACUGUCUGCAUCCCAAAUGGUACCCUAUUACCUAUAUACUGCAUUACCUUUGACCAGAGCCAUAUUACCCAUAUACAGUAUAGGACAUGGGGUCCAAAAUGGCACCCCAUUUCCUAUAUCCUAUUCCCUAAAUAGAGCACUACCUUUGACCAGGGCCCAUGGGGGCAAAAGUAGUCCUUUAUAUAGGGAACAGGGUGGAGCAGCCUUGUGUUUUACCUCCUGCUCAGGGAGAAGAGCAAGGCCACAGCCCAGCAUGCUGCCAACCUAGUGAAGAAGAAGGACCAGGAGCUGGUGGAGGACAACCAGAGGCUGACGGCAGAACGAGAUGCCCAACAACAGAACAACCAGCGCAGGGAGGACCAGCUGAGAGACAGCCUCUCAGAGCUCCAGGUUGGAGAGACAUACACUCACACACACAUACACACGGCAAGCUUUCCAGGACAUUGGUUAUGUAUGAGUAUCGUCUUGUGUUGUCGUAAUUUCAGAAGUUGAAAGAGGAGACCGCGAAUUAUGCCAAAGAGGCAGAGAGAUGGAAGGCAGAGAGGAACACACUCCAGAACCAAUCAGAGCAGCUGGAGAAACACCUGCAAGAUGCCAAACAGGAAGUGCAG